CUCUCUCCACGAAUCUCUUCGGAGGAAGGCCUGGUCGAUGGCCACGCCGUCCUGCUCCAUCGUCGUGACGGGCUUCGGCCCGUUCGCCGACGUCGAAGAGAACCCAACCGACUGGCUCGCGAGAGAGCUCGCCAGCGGCGCUGACGGCUGGCGGCUUCCGCACGGCGUCCCGCUCCGCUCGGCAGUGCUCGAGGUUUCGACCGAGGAUGUCGACGCGCAGCUGCAGCGGCUGCACAGCGGCGACGACUCCUCCGGCUGCGUCAUCUACGUGCACCUUGGCGUCGACGCGAGAGGGCGCGGCUUUGCACUCGAGCGCACCGGCGUCAACACAACGCAUUUCGUGUACCUGUACCUGUGCAACUACACGCUGUACGAGUCGCUGCGGCUCUCGCACGCGCACAACAACAGCUCGGGCGCGCAGAGCACGCAGAGUCGGCACACCGCCCUGUUUGUCCACGUGCCUCCCUUCGAGGCGGUGCCGCGCCGCCGCCAGCUGGCGCUGCUGCAGCACCUGCUCGCCGAGCUGGCGGACGAGGCGCACCGCGGCGGCGGCGCGGCGAUGCUGCCCGCGUGCGGCGGGGCGGUGGAAGAGCUGAGCGAGGGCGAGCUGCUUCGCGCCGCGGCGGCGGCGGCUGCGCGCGGCGGCGGCGUGGCGGGGACGGCGGGCUCGCUGGGCGAAGACGACGAGGCGCGUUUGGACCAGGGCAGAGGCGAGGGCGGCGAGGGCGGCGCGGCUGCGGUGGGCGGUGCGGCGGUGCGGCGGUGCGGCGGCGUGGUCCCGAUCGGGGAGGCGGAGGAGGGCACCGUGGCGGUGGGCGAGGUGGAGGGAGUCGAAGUCCGGCUGUGGCACGAACACAAGUGGUUGUGCGCGAUAAAAGCGGUAUGCGGCGUUCUCCGUUCCCAUCACCUCUCUCCCGAGAGAGAGAGAGAUUUUUAGCAAU